AUGUGCGCCUUCUAUUUGCAAUUGCAGAGCAAUAUAUUCGGCGGUCUGGACGAGAGCCUGCUGGCCCGCGCCGAAGCCCUGGCAGCCGUGGACAUCGUCUCCCCGAGCAAGAGCCACCACCAGCACCCGCCGCACCACAGCCCCUUCAAGCCGGACGCCACGUACCACACCAUGAACACCAUCCCCUGCACCUCGGCCGCCUCCUCCUCCUCCGUGCCCAUCUCGCACCCGUCCGCGCUCUCGGGCACGCACCACCACCACCACCAUCACCACCACCACCACCACCAGCCCCACCAGGCGCUCGAGGGCGACCUGCUCGAGCACCUCACGCCGGGGCUGGCGCUGGGCGCCAUGGCGGCCCCCGACGGCGCCGUGGUCUCCACGCCGGCGCACGGGCCCCACAUGGCCGGCAUGACGCCCAUGCACCCGGCGGCGCUGGGCAUGGCCCACGCGCACGGGCUGCCCGCGCACAUGGGCUGCGUGAGCGACGUGGACGCCGACCCGCGCGACCUGGAGGCCUUCGCGGAGCGCUUCAAGCAGCGCCGCAUCAAGCUGGGGGUCACCCAGGCCGACGUGGGCUCGGCGCUCGCCAACCUCAAGAUCCCSGGCGUGGGCUCGCUCAGCCAGAGCACCAUCUGCCGCUUCGAGUCGCUCACGCUCUCGCACAACAACAUGAUCGCCCUCAAGCCCAUCCUGCAGGCCUGGCUCGAGGAGGCCGAGGGCGCCCAGAGGGAAAAAAUGAACAAGCCCGAGCUCUUCAACGGGGGCGAGAAGAAGCGCAAGCGGACUUCCAUCGCCGCGCCGGAGAAGCGCUCCCUCGAGGCCUACUUCGCSSUGCAGCCGCGGCCCUCCUCCGAGAAGAUCGCCGCCAUCGCCGAGAAGCUCGACCUCAAGAAGAACGUGGUGCGCGUCUGGUUCUGCAACCAGCGGCAGAAGCAGAAGCGCAUGAAGUACUCGGCGGGCAUCUGA